AUGAAAAUCGCCGAGAUCGAGGGCGAUCUCUUCGACGCGCCUGAUGGCGCAGCGCUUAUCCAUGCAUGCAACUGUCUGGGAUCCUGGGGCGGCGGGAUUGCGAAGAGUUUCAAGAACAAGUAUCCAGCAGCAUUCAAAACCUACAACGCGCACUGCAAACGCUUCCUCAAAACACGCCAGCCCUACACCAUCGUGCACUCAACAACCGGCAAACCGCGCACAAUAAACGUCCCGCUUGGCACGGCGCUCAUAAUCCCUCCUCAAAAGGAAGACUACGCUUGUUUCCCAACUCCAGCAACUAUAAGCGACGACAGUCACAACAGCCAUGAUGACCAGGAUGGGAUGGAAAAAAAGAAAAAACACUGGAUCAUCUGCCUCUUCACGUCCCGCGCCUACGGGCGAUACGUUAGCAAGCCGGACAUCAUCCUCGAGAACUCGGUGCACGCGAUUCGGGACAUGCGGCAGCAGCUCGAGCGGUUGUGUGAUGCGGAGAAUGGAGACGAGUGGACGGGACAGCUGUAUUCGUGUCGCUUCAAUUCUGGGCUGUUUGGGGUGGAAUGGGAGGAUUCGAAGCGGGUACUAGAGAGGGAGCUGCAGGGCAUGGAAGGCGUGGAGGAGGUGGUUGUUGUGCGGCCAGAAGGGGAGGAGUAA